UGACCAUUAAUGGGGUCUAUGAUACCUUCCACUAGUUUUUUUAUAUGGACUUUGACGUUUGGCGGCUUAUUUGCUGCAUGUUUUCCAUACAAACAGCUCAGCAAAAUAAGCCUGCGUAUUUCAGAUUAGAAAAUUUUUCUAAUGUUAGUUUCGAUCAGCUGCUCGACAAAUGUCAAAACAAGGCAUUUUUCUAGCAGGUCUGAAACAGGUUAGGCCAUAUUUGAUUCGGCUGAAUGUUGAUUGAAUUAGGAUUUAAAACAAAAAUGAAAUUACAUGAGUUUAAUUAGGUUAAGCUUUUUAUGAAAAGUAAUACAAAUUUUUACUUGUGCUAUGCCUAUAUUUCGAACUACAUUUCGACGCUGUAAUUCCUGUUUCGUCAAAACGCGGUUCUACAAAACUGCAGCCUAAUGUAAUUCUUUAUGUCAAAAUGCUAGGUCCUUGAGGAAUCCUUGCAUGAUGAUAUUACCUGUCAACAAUUUCCCGCUCGAUUCUGCUCGAUGUUUUGACAGAUCCGGGCUAAAAGUUUUAGCUUUCUAACUUAAGGUAUCAUAGACCCCAAUAGUAGGCUACGCAAACCUUAUAGUUUGUCUUGUAAUUGUGUUCACGUUAUUCGUAAUUUACCAGUGUGAUAUUUCGUUGAAUUUUAGAUCAUAAAAAGAUGGCUUGCACAUCAGGAUAGAAGCGGAAGCUGCGUGAUAUCCUAAUUGAAAACUGCGUUUCUUCAGAAAAUGGUGUAAUGAUAUGCACUAUUGACACUGUCAAUGUUUGCAGAUAUCGACAAAAAUCUGAGAAGUUUGAUCCGGGAAAUUUUAUUCGCCACAUAAGAACGGCACAUCCAACGUUGGCUACAGCCCAUGGAUUACAGCAAGAAGAUUCUUCAGCUCCCGGAAAACAAACAAAAAUAAUGAAAGUUCCAGUAGCUUUGGACCAGCAAAAGCUACUAGAGGGCAUAAUUAAACUGGUCUGUUUGCACAACGUGCCCAUGAUGUGCGUAGAAUGGGAAGGUUUUAAGAUUAUCCUGCAACCCAUAUGUGAUGCCCUGAAAGUACAAUUAAAUCGCAAAAAUCUUGUCUGCCACCUGGGAGCUGCUGUUGAAAAGAUUCGAUCUGCGAUAUUUUCUGCCGUCCAAGGAAACCUUCUUUGCCUUAAAAUAGAUAGUGCAACACGUCUCGGACGGCAUAUAUUGGGUGUUAAUAUCCAGUUUUACGAUACAGAACAAGAAGAUAUUGUUAUUUAUACCAUCGGUAAUGUAUCUUCAAUGGUUAUAACUUUUCCGAAAAUGUUUUUACAGUCUGAAAAAUAUCGAAUGAUAGAAUUGAACCAAAGGCAUACUGGAAAGUAUCUAAAAAGCAAAAUUUUGGAAAUCCUGGGCAUGUACCAAGUGACGUUAGAUCAAAUUUUUGCGGUUACUUGUGACAACGGUGCAAAUAUGAUCGCUACCGUCAAACAAAUGCAAUCAGAUCUUGAAAACUCUUUUAGUUUACCAACGGACGAAGACGAUCACACGGAUACCACCGAGCAGUUGGACUGGAUGAGUUCCCUUGAAAAGGAAUUUUCUAGCACAAUUACGUUGGUGAGAUGCGCCGUGCAUACUUUGCAACUUUCGGUAGCAGAUGUCGUGAAGAAAUUUGAUACUGAAAUACGCAAAUGUACUGCAGUGUCGAACAAUUGUCGAAAAAUUGCGUAUAAAGCCAUUUUCAACGAAGAGUCUCUCUCACCACUGUACUCCAAAACAAGAUGGGGUGGUAUCUUUGAGAUGCUCAAACAUUUUUGUGACCACGAAGAUUUAUUUACCGACCUUGGUCAACAGUACCCGGAGCUAGGUAAAAUAUUUUGAAAUUUACCCUUUUUCUUUAUACUAAAAUAGUACUUCAAAUUUAGAUCUUAUGGAACAAUGGUCAUUUAUUAAGGAGUAUGUGGAGGCAUUUAAACCUGUAUAUAUAUGUAACCACAAAAAAAAAUGCAAGCUAAACAUACUUCUCUUAAUGAGUUUUAGCUAUUAUGGAUGAAGACCAUAAUUGAAAUUAGCCCCAUUCAAGGGAAUCGCUUCGUUGAUAUACUAACUCGGGCCCUUAAACAACGGCUUGAAGUUUUAAAGGAGAAU